AGAACCAAGCCAUAUUAUACUCACUCAGCAUUCAUCUCUUGCAUACUUUCGUAUAUACAUUAUCGUGCUUGUUGUUAAGCAAAACAUGGCAUCCUCAAAGGCUUUUCUUCUUCUUGUUCUUGUCUUUGCUGUUCUCCUCAUCUCCUCUGAGGUCUCAGCUACUCCAACUCUGUCAGAGGAGAGUACAGUCAACGGUGAUGGCCACGGAUAUGGAGGGUAUGGCCACGGACAUGGAGGUUAUGGCCACGGACAUGGAGGGUAUGGCAAAGGACAUGGAGGGUAUGGCAAAGGACAUGGAGGUUAUGGCAAAGGACGUGGAGGGUAUGGCCACGGCCACCACGGCAAAGGGGGGCCUGGUGCUGCUGAGACGGAAAUCGAGAAUUAGAUAACAUGUUAGUUUCUGUGACUUACGUUGCAGGUGUGUUGUAAGGGUAGUAGUACGAAAUAAAGUUGUUUGGUUGAGUAAUCUAUAUGAACUCUCAAUCAUAGACUCGUCUUAAGCUUGUUCUCGUGUUCUCUGUAAUAUACGCAUUGGAAUGUGUUCUCUUAUUAUGUGAUAAAAUGUGAUGUAACUUGCUCAAUGCAUAUUAUGUAAAAAAUGUUUAGUA